AUGACGACCGAGACCCCUCAGCAGCAGCUGGACCCUCCGCCUCCUCUGAGAUCCAGCCCGGCGUCCGGCGCCCUGCACCCCGCCAUGCUGAGCCCACAAGCCGCCACGGAAAGUUCGUCCACCGCCAUUAAGGGAAAGAAGACGACCUCCGGUUUAAGGCGACCAGAAAAGCCGCCGUACUCCUACAUUGCUCUCAUCGUUAUGGCAAUACAGAGCUCCCCCACCAAGCGACUGACACUCAGUGAGAUCUACCAGUUCCUGCAGGCUCGCUUCCCAUUCUUCAGGGGCUCAUAUCAGGGCUGGAAGAACUCGGUUCGACAUAAUCUUUCCUUGAACGAGUGCUUCAUCAAGCUGCCCAAAGGGCUGGGCAGGCCGGGGAAAGGCCACUACUGGACCAUCGACCCGGGCAGUGAGUUCAUGUUCGAGGAGGGCUCGUUUCGUCGCAGACCAAGAGGCUUCAGGAGAAAAUGUCAAGCUCUGAAGCCCAUGUACCGGAUGAUGAACGGCAUAGGUUUCGGCACCUCCAUUCUCCCGCAGAGUUUUGACUUUCAGGGUCCCUCCGCCACCCUUGCCUGUCACAGCAACAGCUACAACUUGGACAUGAUGAGCAAUUCAAUGGCCGGGGGGUACGACGGGCUGAGCGGCGGCCACCACGUCCCCCACAUGUCCCCGAGCCCCGGCUCCACGUACAUGGCGAGCUGUCCCGUGCCGUCUAACGGGGAGUACGGACCGGACAGCAGCAGCAGCCCGGUGCCGUCCUCUCCAGCCAUGGCCAGCGCGCUGGACGGCCACUCCCCGUACGCCAGUACAUCCGCACACUGGGCGUCCUCCGGCGGGUCCCCCUACAUCAAACAGCAGCCUCUAACCUCCAGCAGCCCCGCAUCCUCCGGUUUACACUCCGGCAUGUCGCCUUACUCCCUGGAGCAGAGCUACCUGCACCAGAACGGCAGGGACAGCCACAGCACCGACAUAUCAGUGGGAAUCCCUCGCUAUCAGAGCCAUUCAUCGGUGUGCGACAGGAAAGAUUUCGUGUUAAACUUUAACGGCAUCUCGUCCUUCCACCCCUCGGCUGGCGGAUCCUACUAUCACCAUCACCACCAUCACCAUCCCCAGAGCGUGUGUCAGGACAUCAAACCCUGCGUGAUGUGAGCUCUGCUGCCUUUGUGGACUGCAAACAACAGACGGACACAGUGAAACUGCAGCUCCGUCACUACAAAAAAACAAUUUUCAAUUUUACUUUUUUUUUUUUUUUUUUUUUAAUGUUUGGAGGACUUAUACGAGGAUUUAUUGUGCCUCCUCCGUGAAGCCAAAGUCUAUUUUGAGAAAACUUACUAUGCAUUGAAGGAAAUGAAUGAAGGAACCCCCAGAUGCCUUUAACUAAAAAAAAAAACCACUCUGCCAAUAUGAACCCCGACAAGCGUUUUCUUCUUCAAAAGAAGCUUCAGAAACACGAGUUUUAAUGCGUUUGCUCUUGUAACACGUGCAAACUAAAUAUAUUCUAUGUAACUAUGUCUAUCCUAUUAGAGUAACUACACACACGACGCUUUAGGCUAACAUGGUCUGCAACAAACCUUGCACUUAUUGUAUAAUCCUUUGCCAACUCUUUGUCCUGUAAAAGGUUUCAAUAAAGCUGAUAUAUAUUUUAGGCUA